CAACAAGUCUGUCAACCUUAUCUAUUUACAUAGAUGCUGCUGAUUUUAUAUGAUUCAACUAUUCAAUUUUGUGCUUCCUGCUGAAAUUCACUUUUGCAUGCCGCACGUGCCGCUCGAUUCUCGAUUCUCGCAUCGGAUCUAUCGACGCAAUCCAAAAUGUCUAGAAUGUCCAGAGCAUCACAGCCACGACUAUCGAAUGUGAACGAGACGGCAAACAUCGAUCAGAUCAUCCUAAGUAUCAUCGAUGUGCGGAAGAUCAAGACUCUUCAUCUCACCGAGACGGACAUCAGAACACUCUGCGUGCGUUGUCGGGAGGUCCUGCUGACGCAGCCGAUGCUCCUGGAGAUAUCGGCACCCGUCAAGAUCCUCGGCGACCUACAUGGUCAAUUUACAGACUUGCUACGAAUGUUUGACUACGGCGGUUAUCCGCCCGCCUCGAACUAUCUCUUCCUGGGCGACUAUGUGGAUCGCGGCAAGCAAUCCAUUGAGACACUUUGUCUACUGCUGGCCUACAAGAUCAAGUUUCCCCAGAAUUUCUUUGUCCUGCGCGGCAAUCACGAGAGUUCGGGCAUCAAUCGGAUCUACGGCUUCUACGACGAGUGCAAGCGACGCUACACGAUCAAGCUCUGGCGGACCUUUGUCGACUGUUACAACUGUAUGCCCGUGGCGGCCAUUGUGGAUGAAAAGAUAUUCUGUUGUCAUGGUGGACUCAGUCCUGAUCUGAACAAUAUGGGACAGAUUCAGAAGCUACCGCGACCCUGUGAAGUGCCCGAUAAGGGACUAUUAUGUGACCUGCUCUGGGCCGAUCCAGAUCCCAAAAUCAUGGGAUGGAGCGACAAUGAUCGCGGAGUGAGCGUUACCUUCGGUGCGGAUACUGUGGGAAAGUUCAUUCAUCGUUUCAAAUUCGAUCUGGUCUGUCGAGCUCAUCAGGUAGUCGAGGAUGGCUACGAGUUCUUUGCCAAGCGACAGCUUAUCACCAUCUUCUCAGCACCCAACUAUUGUGGAGAAUUUGAUAACGCAGGGGCCAUGAUGUCUGUCGAUGAGACAUUGAUGUGCUCGUUCUUUGUCCUGAAGCCCUCGAAGAAGGCGGGUUUGCGCAAGGUGCAGACCAGGGCCUAGCAUUCCCUUAGUUGAUGUGAUCAAAUGUGAUCGAUCCAGAGGUGUUACUGUGUGAGCUGCAAUUCGUAUAAAUUAGAUCUACCUCACCUUAAUCCAACUAUCAAUACAAAUAUAAGUCUUUUAAUGUUUACAAUAUAUUUUAUGUUAACAGGAUCGCAAUAGAAAAACUAUAAAGAUGUAAUCAAUAUUUGAAAAAUGAACAAAAUUAAAAAUAUAAUUAAUAUU